UUUCUAUUGUCAGCUGGUACAGUAGCAUAUGGGAAUAUCUUGCUAAUUUUCUCCCGGCGAAGAAAAUUAAGGAUUUUCACAGAAAAUCAUAUUAAUAUUGUAAUAGUGACAUGGCUCAAAGUGCUCUUGGCCGUUUAGUAAGAUGUACGCUUAAAUGUACAAAUAAUCCAACAUCGACUUCAAGUUUUUUGUUUGGUAAACACAAUCAUCAGAAACGUGCCCUUAGCAGUCUAAGGGUGCUUCCAGUGGUAUCAAAUCUAGUGCGCAAUCAUGCGUCAAAGCCUAUAGUGUCUCAUCAACGACAUAACACAACAGACAGCACGAAAAAACCAGCGAGUCCAGAAAUUUUGUCCAAAUUAUUUCCUCAGACAGCUGCUAAUGUCGACGAGGAAACAGAAAAAGAGCGUAAACGCAAAGAAGAAGAAGAGGCUAAGGAAAACGAAAAGGCAUUUAAACGCAUGAAAGUGGGGUUUGCCGUAUUCGCUGGGGCUGGUGGCGCAUUGAUCAUAUGGUCUGUUUAUGAAUUCGGUAAACCAGAGGUGGAUCCUGAAGGCAAUAUAAUCGAAGAUGAAUUCAGCAAUAGCCCAGUGGUCCAGCAAUAUCUCCAGCGUAUGUGGAAAUCAAUGAAUUAUUAUCAGAAAAUGAUUCAAGAGCCAUCAAGAGAAAAACUGCUACCUGAUCCUCUUAAGCCACCAUACAUACAACCACCGUACACGUUGGUUCUUGAAAUGAAGGACGUUCUGGUACAUCCCGAUUGGACAUAUCAAACUGGUUGGCGAUUUAAGAAACGCCCUGGUGUUGAUGUAUUCCUACAAGAAUGCGCCAAGCAUUUCGAAAUUGUUGUUUUCACUGCUGAGCAAGGUAUGACGGUAUUUCCCAUAUUAGAUGCAUUAGACCCCAAUGGCUAUAUAAUGUAUCGUCUGGUACGAGAUGCAACACAUUUCAUCGAUGGUCACCAUGUCAAGAAUUUGGAUAAUUUGAAUCGUGAUUUGAAAAAGGUAAUUGUUGUGGAUUGGGAUGGUAAUUCAACAAAAAUGCAUCCUGACAACACUUUCAAUAUAGCCCGAUGGAUGGGUAAUGAUGAUGACUCGCAACUUUUCGAUUUAAUCAGUUUUCUGAAAACUCUUGCCACCAGUGAGGUGGAUGAUGUACGUGAGGUUUUGCAUUACUAUCGUCAAUUCGAUGAUCCCAUUAUGAAAUUCCGUGAAAAUCAACAAAAACUCUUGGAGCAAAUGCAAGAACGUGAACGUAUUGAGCAAUCAAAGGCCAAACCAAUUGUCAAAAAUUGGUCAAGAAAUUUUUUGGGUCGUUGAAAUAGAGUUUAGCAUAGAACAAGGAAAGGACAUUUCUUAACAUCUUCAUUUAAACACGUAAAACAAAAUUUCUUUCACCUUCAAGAUAGCUUUAAAAAUAAUUUCCUACAACUCUUCAUUUUAUCCAAGAUAUCGAGUUUUUAGUUUUUAUUAUUUGGAUGGAUUGAAAUGAUGGGAAAGCCAUUUAUCGACAAUUUUUGUUAAGUGUCGUUUGCUUUGUUUUUCAUUGUUUUGUCCCCUCAUUAAAUGGAAAUGGAUUAGAAACGAACGAAACCCAAACGCCUGAAUGAAGAAAAUGCAUCAUUUUCUUGAUGAUAAAUUUACCUCAUAUAGUAUAUCAUCGUAGUAUAUGAUGCAUCGAACUAACUAAUUAUGUUAUGCUGUUAUUUUCAUUUAAUUUUAUUUCAGAAACACAAAAUUCAUUUUUAAUUAUUUUGUAAGCUAAUUUUUUAAAUGAAUAAAAUUCUAAAAUUCUUGAAGAAUUAAAAAAAAAUUUUUAAA